AUGGAGCCCUCAGCAGGGAUUCCCAUCAGGAAUAUGGGGCUGGAGGUAGCCCUGGAGUUCACUGGGAUGAAUUUGCCUGCCCCUGUGAUCAGCAGCAAAAAUUGGCUGAGGCUGCACUUCACCUCUGAUGGCAACCACAGGCAGAAGGGCUUCAGUGCCCAGUACCAAGUCAAGAAGCAGAUGGAGCUCAAGUCCAGAGGGGUGAAACUCAUGCCCAGCAAGGACAACAACCAGAAGACAUCAGUGUUAACUCAGGUUGGUGUGUCCCAGGGACAUAAUUUGUGUCCAGACCCUGGGAUUCCCGAGAGAGGUAAAAGGAUAGGCAACGAUUUUAGGCUGGGCUCCAGCAUCCAGUUCUCCUGCAACGAGGGCUACGACCUGCAGGGCUCCAAGAGCAUCACCUGCAAGAGAGUCAGCGACAUCAUUGUGGCCUGGAGCGACCACCGGCCUGUCUGCAGAGCCAGGAUGUGUGACACGUACCUGCGCGGGCCCAGCGGCGUCAUCACGUCCCCCAACUACCCCGUGCAGUACGACAACAACGCCUACUGCGUGUGGGUCAUCACCGCCCUCAACCCCGCCAAGGUGAUCAAACUCACCUUCGAGGAGUUCGAGCUGGAGAGAGGCUACGACACCCUGACAGUGGGGGAUGGAGGCCAGGUCGGAGACCAGAAAUCCGUGCUCUAUGUCCUGACAGGCACCACAGUCCCUGACCUCAUUGUCAGCACCCAGCACCAGAUGUGGCUCCUGUUCCAGACCGACAGUGUCAGCAACCUGCUGGGCUUCAAAGCCACCUACGAAGAGAUUGACCAGGGCAGCUGUGGGGACCCCGGCGUCCCCGCCUUCGGCCGCCGCGAGGGCUCCCGCUUCCGCCACGGCGACACCCUGCACUUCCAGUGCCAGCCCGCCUUCGAGCUCAAGGGCCACAAAAGCAUCACCUGCCAAAAGAGCAGCCAGUGGUCUGCUCAGAAACCUGUGUGUGUUUUUUCCUGCUUUUUCAACUUCACCAGCCCGUCGGGGACCGUGCUGUCGCCCAACUACUCCGAGGAGUACGGGAGCAGCCUGCACUGCGUGUGGCUGAUCAUCGCCAACCCCGAGAGCCGCAUCCACCUGGCCUUCAACGACUUCGACGUGGAGCCCCAGUUUGAUUUCCUGGCUGUCAAGGACGGUGCCACGGCCGAGUCCCCCGUGCUGGGCACCUUCUCAGGGAGCCACAUCCCCUCCUCGCUGACCAGCAGUGGCCACGUGGCCAGGCUGGAGUUCCAGACUGACCACUCCAUGGAGAAGAGAGGGUUCAACAUCACCUUCACCACGUUCCGGCACAACGAGUGCCCAGACCCCGGCGUGCCGGUGAACGGGAAGCGCUUUGGGGACAGCCUGCAGCUGGGCAGCUCCGUGUCCUUCCUGUGUGACGAGGGCUUCAUCCGCACCCACGGUGCCGAGAGCGUCACCUGCGUGCUGCAGGAGGGCAGCGUGGUGUGGGACAACGCCGUGCUGCGCUGCGAAGCACCCUGUGGGGGCCACCUGACGUCACCCAGUGGCACCAUCCUGUCCCCAGGCUGGCCUGGCUUCUACAAGGACUCGCUGAGCUGUGCCUGGGUCAUCGAGGCCCAGCCUGGCUACCCCAUCAAGAUCACCUUUGACAGGUUCAAGACAGAGGUGAAUUACGACACCCUGGAGGUGAGGGAUGGCCGCUCCUACUCCUCUCCCCUGAUUGGGGUCUAUGAUGGCACCCAGGUGCCCCAGUUCCUGAUCAGCACCAGCAACCACCUCUACCUCCUGUUCACCACGGACAAGAGCCACUCUGACAUCGGCUUCCAGAUCAGAUAUGAAACUGUGAAGCUGCAGUCUGACCACUGCCUGGACCCUGGCAUCCCAGUGAACGGGCAGCGCCACGGCAACGAUUUCUACGUGGGAGCCCUGGUGACAUUCAGCUGUGACCCUGGCUACACCCUGAGUGACACUGAGGCCCUGGAGUGUGAGCCCAACUUCCAGUGGAGCCGGCCCCUGCCCAGCUGUGAGGCUCUCUGUGGGGGCUACAUCCGUGGCUCCAGUGGCACCAUCCUCUCCCCAGGCUUCCCUGAUUUUUAUCCCAACAACUUGAACUGCACAUGGACCAUAGAAACAUCCCAUGGCAAAG